GGUCGCCGCGCGUGUUUCGUGUUUUCUCCUGGCUUGUCCGCCCAAAUUCCGCGCCAGGCAGCUGUCGAAUAAGAUCUGUUUCGUUUCCUAGGCACAUAGGAAGCUGUCUUCUUCUACAGCACAAAAUGCACCUCUCUCGUUUGACACUGGGGGAAUGAGAAGCGGGAAGUGGAGCCUUUGAUGAGGUGGAGCUGAAGGAAGCAGAGCAUCCCUAUGAGCCAACCACGGGCUUCAUCAGGUUCCCAGAGAGCUGCUGCACCAAAGCCGAAGGCAGGGCAUUGAAGUUUCUGCUGGAUGCGAGGCGACCACCAACUUUCCAUUCAUUUCUUUGGAGCUUUGCUGGGAAACAUGGCUGUCCCACCUGGUGAGGAAGUCUGGCUGUGAACCUAGGUGGCAGCUUCCCUUUCUUUCUGGAGAUGUAAGCAAGCAGCUGCUGGCUGGACCACCAGAGGAGCGCUGGAGGGAGAGAUUCACGGCAGCUACACAGAUCUUGAAGAAGCCAAAAGAUGUUUUUGCUGGCCAAGUUAGUUGUGGAUGCCCAUUACAGCCAUGGCAUGGUGGUUGCUUUAGAGGAGGCAGCUCCGAAUCAUCCCCUACCCUGUUUGGGUGCCAUGGGCGAGAGGGAAAUGGAGGAGGAUCCCAUCGGGGAAGCAUCAACUCCAGUGCCGAGUUGCUCACCUCAGAGCGAACUGGAGGACACUUCUGCAGACACACCCUGUGGGCAAGGUUGUGCAAGUCACACCAAGGAACCCUCUGAUGUGACGGAGACUUUGUUCAUCACCCCAGUGGAGCAGAACCUGUGGAAUCAGCUUGUGGGGAUCCUAUCUCCAUCCCAUUGGGAAGUGAAAGUUUCUGGGGGACUCCAAGAGGGCUCGGGAGUCCUCUCUUUCUCUGGCUCGCCACAGGUGGUUGUGAGAGCCAAGGAAUCCAUUAGCAAGCUCCUUAUCCUGGUGGGAUCACUGGUUGGAGUCAUCCAGGUGGCCCUUCCACAAACGCAGCACAGAGCAGCUGGAUUCUUCCACCUCUGCGAAGGACACAAUCUCUUUCUUUGGGAAGGUGACCCUUCUAAAUUCAGGGUGGAUGGAACCAUGAGGAUCGGCGCCGUGAGGAUCGGCUUGGGCCAAGGAAAUGCUGUAUUUGUUCAAAGGGCACUGAGCCAGCGAGGGUCUCCCCACUUUAAUCUGGACGUUUCCCUUUCACAUCCACCAAGAGUAGACCUUGCAGCCGGUGCAGUGAAACUGGCUCUGGAGGCUGCAUCUCAAAGAGGUCUCCAGUCUUUGGUGAUGUCCUGCUAUUCUGGCCUUGCUGUCUCCACAACUCAGGCAGAGGCUAUGGCUGUUGGAAUUGAAGCCUUCCAGAAGGAACACCCCGAUUCUUCUCUAAAGAGCAUUAGUUUUGUAUUCAGUGACAGAGAAGCUGUGGCAAUGUUCUGCAAGGAGUGUGGGAAGCACUGGCCGCCAGGAAAUGAUGGCCGGGAGAGGCUGAGAAACAUCCUGCUGUCUUUAGAGGGUGUCAGGACUGAAGUGGUGACUGACUCCAGCCCAAGAAAGAAAACAGAUGUGGCAGUACUUCCGCUGGUGCUGGCGUCUGACGGACUGGAAUGGAGCCCCAGUGUCCUUGCCAUCACGCAGAAAGCUCUGCAGGCUGCCCCACAUGCUAAGGACCUGCAGCCAGGGGAGGUUCUUCCAGUAAUGACCUCUUCAUUUCCAGAGCUUAAUUGCAAAGUCUUGUACAUGGUGCGGCUUGCAAGGUCUCAGCUGAGGCUUAAAGAGGCCUAUGAGCAGGCUAUUUGGGAAAUGGUUUGGAGCUGCCUCAGCAUCUUCUGUGGGUCCUUCCUAGAGUCCAUUUCAUUCCCUUUCAUACAACCAGCAGACCCGGAUCUGGCUUUGAAGCAGGAGUACCUGCUGGUCAUAUUGAAGGCAAUUGACUGCUUUCUAAAAGAGGUUCCAAACACCUGGAUGAAGCUGGUGCAAAUUGUCCCCCUGCCAGAAGAGACUCUCUUUUACCCGGUGGGCGUCAGCGAUUCCAUCACUACUGAUAGAGAGCCCCUUGGUUUCUGUUAUCUAGAGGACCCGCUCUUCCUCCGCUACCUAAAUGAGGACCCAGUGGCCUUUCACCAGUUUGAAGCACAACUGAAGGAGGUUGGUUAUGGCAUCCAGACAUAUCCCCCUUGGAGAAUGUUAAUGGUGCAGGCCACAGUAGAGUCCAUGGAGCUGCACAACUUGGAAGCAGCAUUCUGGUCUGUGCGGAACAAGUAUGUAGUGCAUUGUGAGACCCGGACAGAAAUGCUAGAUGCCCUGCUUGAGGAGCUGACUCUCCUGAAGGAGUUCAGAUCCAUCAGGAUGUACAUGGAUGACAAAAUGUGGUUUGUGGGCCUAUCUGAUGAAAUGGUGUCACUCCUUCAUGGCCUUGCCCAAGGAGCCUCUCGGAGGCAGCUGGUGAGCCGGGAGUGCCCUGCUGAUGAGCCACUGCCUAGAUGUGCUAUUGUAAAAGACUUUGUGAUUCAAGAGAUGCUCUCAUCCAACCCUCUUGUAAGCAUUGAGAUUCUUGCUAAAGCUCCAGCAACGAUCCAAUUUUGGGGCCGCAGUCAGAGGGUGGAAGAAGCAGAGAGGCGCUUUAAGGAGCUCCUCAGUGACUUCCAGGCCCUGCCAGUCCCUCUCUCAGAUCUUCAGUUCCAGUUUGUCAAAGCCUUGUGGGGCAAGCUCUUCCACAAUUACUUUUUCUUGGAGCAAGGUAUCCCUGUUCUGCUGGAGAUCUCUGAAGUUGUCCAGGUGUCUGGCCUAGACUUGGGUAAAAUGAAAGAAGUAGAAGAGUUCAUCAUGGAACGAGUGUGCGAGAGGACAGUGGAGAUCGCUGAGGAACUGAAAUGGGCCACGGAGUGUGAUGAGUGGAAGGAGCUGCUUCAGAGACUGGAGUCCCAUGAGGAAAUAGCCCUUCAUCACACUGCAUCCAACCAGGUGACCGUGGUUGGUACCUGUCCUCAUGUCACUCAGGUGGAGGAGUCUAUUAAGGAAUACUUGAGAGACAACUCUCCAGUGGAGGAAAAGAUUGAGUUUGCCAGACCAGAACUGGCUGCCGCAGGGUCGAAUCUCCUCCGUAUAAUGGACUGGGAGCAUCUUAAUGUGAGUGUCAAAUUCCAGCCUGAUGGGCAGGUUUUAUACCUGCAAGUCAGUGGUCUUCAAAAAGACGUGAAAAAAGCUAUACCAACCAUCAGGAUUGACUUGGAUUCCCUGGUGCUUUGUAAAAUGCCCCUGAAGAAGAAGGCUUUUGGUGAAUACUUCUCUGGGGUUGGAGCAGGUCUGCUGAAGGGAAUUGUCCAACGAUGGCACUGUGUUGCCAACUUGCAGAUUCGAGAGAUUCCUGACAGGUGCAGUAGAGUCAUCAGUAAUGAUGGCUGUUCAGGGCAGGGAUCUACUAAAGAAGACCACCCGGUGGUGUUCUAUGCAUUGGGCAGAGAGGACUACGUAGUCUCACUGAAGCAAGCAGUGGCUGGCCUCUUUGCCAAAUUCCAUGCAUGUUCCAUCUGCAGUGAAGCAAUAACAACAUUCAGUGACCAGAUCCUCGAUGAACUCUGCAAAAACACAUUGCACCGAUUCCCCAUUGGCCUCUGGCAUCCGAGGAAUGAUAAACUCCAGAUCUGUGGCUUCCAAGAAGAUGUACUGAAUGUUCUGGAAGUCAUUCAUAAGAAGAUCGAGGAAUACCAGGCUGGGUGGAUAGAAAUCAAAGCUCAGUAUGAGACACUCCCAUGCAUUAUUGUAAAAGAGUAUUUGGUUCAGGGGAUACUUCCAUUUGACCCUCUAGUUAGCACUGAUAUCCUUGCUGAAAAUCCAGCAACUGUCACAUUCAAGGGUCCCCGUUGGAAGGUGAUAGAAUCGCAGAGGCACUUUGAGCUGCUGCUCCGUGGUUUCCAGGUUCUGCCAGUUCCUCUAUCAGAUCUCCAGUCCCAGUUUGUCAAAGCACAGUGGGGUAAGCUCUUCCACAAUUCCUACUUCUUCGAGCAGGGAAUCCUUGCUGCACUGGAGAUCUCUGAAGUUGUUCACGUAGCUGGCCUGGACUUGGGUACAAUGAAAGAAGCAGAAGAGAUCCUCAUGAGGUACGUAUGCGAGAAGACAGUGGAGAUAGCUCAGGAGCUACAGUGGGCGACCCAGUGUGAAGAAUGGAAGGAACUGCUGCAGAUGUUGCGGUCCAAUAAGCAAACAGCCAUUCAUCACGUUGUAUCUAGCCAGGUGACUGUGGUUGGCAUUAGUCCCCAUAUCGUUAACGUAGAGGAAUGUAUUAAGGAGUACCUGAGGGACAAUUCUCCAACGGAGGAAAAAGUAAACAUCACAAAACCUGAAAUUGUUGUAGCUGGGGACAAUCUCCUUCGUAUCAUGGGCUGGCAUAAUCUUAAUGUGCACAUCCAAGUUCAGUCAGACAGUCAGGUCUUAUGCCUGCAAGUGUGUGGUCUUUGCAAAUAUGUGAGGGAAGCCAUACCAGCCAUCAGGGUAGACCUGGAUUCCCUUGAGCUUUGUUCAAUGCCUCUGAAGACAGCAGCUCUGGGUGAAUACUUCUCUGGGACUGGAGCAAGUCUGCUGCAGGAAAUGGCCCAACAACAGGACUGCAUUGCAAGGGUGCAAAUCCAGGGAUCGGCUGAUGACAACUGGGCAGUGAUCCAUGCAGUGGGUCGAGAGAGUGAUAUAGCCUCACUCAAGCAAGAUGUGGCUAACUUCAUUGCCAAGUUCCGUGAUGAAACCAUCUGCAGUGCAGAAAUAUCAACCUUCAAUAACAAGAUCCUUGAAGAACUCUGUGAAAACACAUCACAUUGUUUUCCGGUUGCCCUCCGUCGCUUGAGAGAGAAAGUUGUUUGGGUUUGUGGUUCCCAAGAAGACGUUGAAAACAUCUUGGAAGCCAUUUACACCAAGAUAGAGAAAGCCGUUAAUGCUAAGAUGCAGAAGGCCCAGGCUGCGUGGAUAGAUUCCAAGCUUCUGUACGAAAGUGUCCAGUGGCGUUAUAAAACUGAUGCUGGCUGGUCCACAUUUGACAUGGCCACAAAUAGCUGCCUAGAGAGGUCAUAUGGCGAAAAACAAAUGAGGACAUGGGUACUGUGGAAAGGACAGAUGAUAAGCGUCAACUUGCUCAAGGGUGAAGCUUUCAUGCCAGAGAAUGGAAAGACAUUCACGAUAAUGAGAGAGAUCUGUUUGUGGGACAAGAAUAUUGUUCCACACUGGGAAGCCAUGCAGGGGUCUUUGGUAAAGAAAGUGGAACUAGAGACCAGCUCGGAGGAGUAUCGGGACGUUGUCAAGAAGUUCAAGCAGACAUCUACUGGCUACAAAGUCCUCAAGGUAGAAAGAAUCCAGAACCAGUAUCUGUGGAUAUCCUACUGUUGUAAACGCACCUGGAUGGAGAAGAAGAACUCAGCAGUGCCUCAGAAUGAGCGCAUCCUCUAUCAUGGGACACAGCCAAAGCACUGGUGUUCCAUCCAUGAGAUUGGAUUCAAGAGCGCCUGCAGGAACACUGGUUUCUAUGGUCAAGGCAUUUAUUUUUCAAGUGAAGCUAGCCUGUCUGCAUACUAUGCUGAGCCAGAUUCCAAUGGGCACCGUUAUAUGUUCCAGGCUCGGGUCCUGAUUGGGGAGUAUGCCCACGGAAAUGAAAAUAUGGUGUUGCCACCAAAGAAGCCAUGGGGAAGAGGCCGAUAUGACAGUUUGGUUAAUGAUACCAGGAAGCCAACUAUAUUUGUGACCUUUUUUGAUGACCAUGCCUAUCCGGAGUACCUGAUCACUUUCUGCUGAUCAGCAGUUCAGUGACUGCUGUGAGGGAGCAGAAGGUAGAUAACAGGAAGCAAACAUUGCUUUGGACUGGAGGUUAAAAAGGUGUUGUAGUCAGAACUAGGAGGAGUUUCUUUUGGGAUUCAUAAGGAGAAAGAUGAAAAAUGUAAUGUGGAAUUUCAUUUUCCAAUUGGUUAAUGCCACAAUAUUCUGCAUAACCCAGGUUUUCAUGAACACUUUUUCUUUUGGUCACUGGAAAUAAAACAAAGUGUUCUAUUUAA